AUGGCUGAUGUUCCCGUUUCGAGUGAUAACAAUGUUGGAACAGUAUCCUUACCAGAUAAGGAACAAGAAAACUCUAUCAUAGUAUCCACUCUCAUUCACGUUCUCUCCUCGUCAAACAAUGUUGCUGUUCCAAACCAAGAAAGAAAACGGGAAUCAGAAACAGCCACGUCAUCAUGUGCAAGUGUAUCCCUCCAGAACCAGUAUAAUCCGUACACGUGUCAUGCAUGUAAAAUCAACGGCUGUCUCGGUUGCAAGCUCUUCAGUGAGAAAGAGAAAGAGGAGAAGAUAAAAAAAUACAGGGGAGUGAGGCAGAGAGCAUGGGGAAAAUGGGUGGCUGAGAUACGAGACCCAAAAAGGGCCACUCGUGUUUGGCUUGGUACUUUUGCUACGGCGGAGAAUGCUGCAAGAGCUUAUGAUCAAGCGGCUAUUAAGUUUCAUGGUGCUAGAGCUAAACUCAAUUUUGAAUCCUCUAAUUAUACUGUUACUGAUGAAAAGAUGCAAAGUGCGACAGUACAGGAACAUAGUGAGGUUGCAGGGAUGAAUCAAACAAAAACUACUAUCUUAUCAUUUGGGUCAACAAGCGAAGUAGACUAG